AUGGCACAACCAACCCCCAGCCCCAGGAUCCCCUCAUUGUCUUUCGCCAAGGAUGAAAUCCAUUUCUCACCACAAGCGCCCAUCACGCCCGCGACUCCUUCCCCCCGCUCAAGCAUGGCUGGCACCAAGAGGCAGCGACCGUAUGGAGCCAGCAUGACGCCGUCUCGUCCGCUGCCCGAGGCUAUCAUCGACAUCUCAUCCGAUUCAGACUCGGACAGUGAGCCCACCCCCAAAGCGCAACGAUCCCAGUUACCCGAUCAUAUUGGGCGUGGUGACGAUGGCUUCCUGUCAAUCUCAUUCCUCAGCGAUGACGAGGAAGAUGAGUCACCGUCUCAAGCAAAACCUCGCGUCCAAGGACUUUCGGCGAAUCCCAUGGACAAGCGGGAUACCGAGCCGACGCUGUGUAAGGAGCAGCAAGACGUCGUCGAUCUAAUCCUGCGCGGCCGCAACGUGUUCUACACCGGCUCUGCCGGCUGCGGCAAAUCCACCGUCCUCAAGGCCGCCGUCAAGAAGCUGGAAGACAUGGGCAAGAUCGUCAAUAUUGUUGCACCCACUGGAAGAGCCGCCCUGCAGGUCAACGGCAUGUCGACGUGGUCGUACAUGGGCUGGACACCCGAUCACUUC